CUCAUCACUCAGCCGCCUGGUUGGUUUUGUUUCUGGCUGAAGUUAUAUCCUGGAGAUCGGGAUGCAGUUCCGCGGCCCCUGGGCCCCCGAGAUCCCCCUGUUCGCCCCCACUCCCGUCCACCCCACGCCGUUCCACAUAGAGGACAUCCUGGGGCGGGACCGCGCUGGGUCACAGAAUCACGCCGCUGUCCCGGCCGCCCUGCCGCCUCUCCUGCCCUUGCCGCCCGGCUACAGCAGCGGGUUUUAUCAGGACAUCAGCCCCGGGUACCCGGGUCUGGCUCCGCGCUUGUACAGGACUCCGGUCUUCUCUGACAGCCCGGCCCCUGGAGAGCUCCGGCAUCACAUCUACAGACCCCUGGCACAAGGCAAGGAGUAUUUCUGGAACCCCUUUGUACCGCGUACCUUGUACAAGAGGAAAGGAGGCCAGGUGAGAUUUUCCAAUGAUCAGACCCUUGAGUUGGAGAAGAAGUUCGAGAACCAGAAGUACCUCUCGCCCCCUGAGAGGAAGCGAUUGGCUAGAAUCCUACAGCUCAGCGAGAGGCAGGUGAAGACCUGGUUCCAGAACAGAAGAGCAAAAUGGCGGCGACUGAAGCAGGAGCUUCCUGAGGAUGAGAAGCCCAAUUGGCUCAAAGGAGGCGAGGAGGAGCCCUUGGAACUGAGGCAGCAGGACGACACCGAAGGAAGAUCACUGCAGGUCAAAGAGGUCAUUGCUCAGCAGGAGAUCUCCCCCCAUUGCCCUCAGAGUCCUGCAGGGUCCGAUUCACAAAGGCCGGAGCUGGACAGUGAUGUUGAGGUGAAUGUUGAUUGCGAUGAAGGUGGUGACUUCAACCAGGCAUUACCUAAAGAGACAGCCAGCAAAGAGUGAUUUCCCCCGGCUUCACAACUCUCCGAAAAGAGCUCGUGCACUCUGUGCCUCACUUUCAUUCCUUACAAAAUGUGAACUACAGCGGUGUUAGGGUCCAGGGAGUAAGCAUUAAUUUUCAGGUCACCAAAAAAGCCAGGUCAUUCCCCACCAUAUUUCGCAGAAACAUGUCAGCUAUCCUUACCCACUUUGGGUCUCGACUCAAGUCGGGAGUGUGAUGGGGACACUUUUCACUUGCCUUCAUGCCUGCAGCUCAACACUCAAGGACCUCGACACUAUCCAGGACAAAGCAUCCCACCUGAUCAAUAUCCCAUCCACCACCGUAAACGCUCCCUCCCUCGACCACUGGCACGCAGUGGCUGCAGUGUGCACCGUUCACACAAUGCACUGCAGUUACUCGCCCAAGCUACCCCAACAGAACCUCCCAGACCCAUGAACCACCGAGAAGGACCCCAGAGCAGCAGGCCUGUGGGAGCACCACCACCUGCAGGUUCCCCUCCAAGUCACACACUUGGAAGUAUCCCGCUGUUCCUUCAUCAUCGCUGGGUCUAAACCCUGGAACUCCCUCCCCAACAACACUGUGGGAGCAUCUUAAAAGGGCAGCAGUGACUGAAAGGGGGGUAAUGACUGCUGGUCUGGUCAGUGAUGCUCAGCUCCUGAAAUUGAAUUAGUAAAAAAGUUGAGUAUUGGGAAUGGUGGUAUGGUAGUUAAGUCAAAGGACUGUAUGUUUCAGAGAGUUGGAACCGAGGGAACUUAAAUUCGAGUCAUGAACUAAAGUUGGUGUCAGUAAUGGCUGCACAUUGUGAGGAUCCAUCUGGUCCACUAACAACACAAAGGAAGUGUGCACCCUCUGCCUUGUCUAUAUGUGACUCCAUACUCCAUCACCGUGGUACGCUCUUCCGUGCUGCCUCAGCUCAGGCUCAGUAAGUUCCAGCCUCAUCAGUCAGAUCCAUGCCCCUGAAAAAAUACCAAGGAGCGAACUAACCCUGGUUGCCUCUAACAAGCUCUGCUGGUACACGAGAAAAACAAAGGACUGCAGAUGCUGGAAUCUAAAUGCAAAAACAACAAGAUGCUGGAAGAACUCAGCAGAUCAGGCAGCGUCCGUGGAGGCGGUCAACGUUUCGGGUCAGGUUCGUGUAAUUUCAGGUUCGGUCCUGAAGAGGGGUCCUGACCUGAAAUGUUGACCAUAGAACAUAGAACAGUACAGCACAAUACAGGCCCUUUGGCCCGCAAUGUUGUGCUGAGCUUUAAACCUCACCUAAGACUAUCUAACCCCUUCCUGCCACAUAUCCCUCCAUAUGCUUAUCUAGCAAUUUCUUGAAUUUGACCAAUGUACCUGCCUCCACCACCACCCCAGGCAGCACAUUCCAUGCCCCAACCACUCUCUGGGUAAAAACCUCCCUCUGAUAUCUCCCUUGAACUUCCCACCCAUUACUUUAAAGCCAUGCCCUCUUGUAUUGAGCAUUGGUGCCCUGAGAAAGAGGCGCUGGCUGCCUACUCUAUCUAUUCCUCUUAAUAUUUUCUACACCUCUAUCAUGUCUCCUCUCAUCCUCCUUCCCUCCAAAGAGUAAAGCCCUCGCUCCCUUAGUCUCUCCUCAUAAUGCAUACUCUCUAAACCAGGCAGCAUCCAGGUAAAUCUCCUCUGCACCCUUUCCAAAGCUUUCCCGUCUGCUUUUUCUCCACGGAUGCUGCCUGACCUGCUGAGUUCCUCCAGCAUCUUGUUUUUUCAAGCUCUGGCUAACAACGAUUAACGAGGCCUCACGGACAACGUACCACCAGAAACACCCGCUGGGUGUGUCAAAUAGGCCGUACUUGACACUGAGGUUCACCGACCCAUUGUGAGAAUAUCAGGACCUCUCCACUGUGAAUCGCCUUGACAUCUCCCACAUCCUGUUGUGUUGUCCAAUCUCACCUCAACCCCAUUCCACUCCCUCAUGCUCAUUCCAAAGACUGUGGACAUUGCAGUUAGUCACAUGCACUCUUGUGUUUGAAUCCUUGACUGCAGAGAUUGGUCAUUAGCACUGAUCUAGCCUCUUAUCUCCACCAUGCCACCUCCAUCCCUCUCCCCUUCCAAAACCCAGAGAUGGUGUAAGUACCCUUGCAUCCGGGGAAGCUUUGAGUGACUAGUGUCUCCACAGCUACCCAGCCACAUUGAGAAAUUAGCCGAGGGUGUCCGAGCAAUAGUUGCCUGUGGUUGACCUAUCUCAGGAUGGGAGGUCUUGAUGUGCUCCCCUCGCACCAUAUUUUGGGAAGUCCAGUCCCAUAGCCUCACCCUCUAAUG